CGCGGAGUUUCAAAUCCACAGCGGUGGGCAAGGAGCGAGUGUUGAUCCCCGGUAUCAGGCAGGCAGUUCCCAGGGUCUCUGACGCCUGGGAAUAGCGCCAGGGAGUAAGCCGGUGACCUUUUGACCUCCCCAGGAUCUAACAGGCAGAGGAGACUGGAUCAAGCACAUGGCGUCUCAGUGGCAGGGCAUGACGGCCUCCAUGCGCAGGCGAUCACUCCUAAAGGAGGAACAUCUAGAGAAGGCGGUGACCUGCUCUGCUGAGGGCCAUCUGGAGAUCGGUCCCCUGGGCUCUCUGUGCAGACAGUUCCAAAGGAGGCUGCCACUGAGAGCCGUCAGCCUCAACCUCGGGACUGGACCCUCCUGGAAACGCCUGGAAACCCCAGAGCCAGAGCAGCAGGGUCUUCAGGGUGCAGCUCGUUCAGCCAAAAGCGCCUUAGGUGCUAUGUCCCAGAGGAUCCAGGAGUCCUGCCAAAAUGGCACCAAGUGGCUAAUGGAAACACAGGUGAAAGUGAGGAGAAAGCGGGGAGCCCAGAAGGAUAGAGGGACCCCACCCAGUCUGAGCCAGAAGAACACUCGGCUACACAGGACCAACCGGGAUGCCAGAGUCGGGGGGCAUCCUCGCCUCUCUGGCCAGACGGGUCCACAGGCCCAUCGACGUCAUCGGCCAAGGAGGGAGGCUGCCCUCCGGAGCCCCUGUUCCUCCACAGAACCUCUCUGCUCUCCCAGUGAGUCUGACAGUGACCUAGAGCCCGUGGGGGCUGGGAUUCAGCAUCUCCAGAAGCUGUCACAAAAGCUGGACAAAGCUAUCAAGGCUGAAGAGAGUGGUGAUAUGACUGUCUCCCUUAUCCGUGAAUGAGGACAGCAGGCAUCCUACAGGAAACAGGCCACCACGAUGUCCAUGCCACCCCAUGAACUUCCAGGAGGAGGCACUGGGCUCAUCAGCAUCCCCAGGCCACUGUUAACAAGGACUUGACUAACAGGGGAUCCAGAACCACUGACCACAGCCCAAGAGCGAUUCAGGAAUACCUUGGAGAGGGAGCGGGAACUGCCCAUGCUCUCCCGGGGGACUCAUACUCACCCUGCUCUUCAGCCUCACAGUGGCCGAUCCAUAUUAGGAAUGUAUCUGAAGAUGCUAGACAGUUCUGAGCUGUGUCACUAGGACCAAAGCCCUGCGGGUGUCAUACCAUGAAACCAUCCCCUUUAUUCCCAGUGAAGAGAUUCUUGGAGGCCCACUUUUACCCCUGCUCCCACAGGGCCCCACAGGAAGAGAGGAGAUAUUUGUAGACUGUGCAAACCUGAGCUCUUGGGGCCAGUUUAUCAGCUCUGUGUGGGGCACUGUGGCCAUGCAGGGAAGAGAACACUGACCAAGACCAGUUUCUGUUCUUUGUAAAUUAUUUAAGAAAUAUGCUAGGUCAUUUUAUUAGAAAGAUACCAGAGUGUCAGCCUCCCAGCUCACAUUGCUUUUUCAUAAUAAAUCUUGCUUUUGA